AUGCCUCCUCUCCUCUCCCCUCCCCUCUCCCCUCUCCUCUCCCCUGUCUCUCUGCUGCUGGGAUCCUAUGCUAACUCCAUUGUCUCCAACAGCGUGAUAACAAGACGUUUCUUGCCAGGCUCUGUGAGCAGGCCGAACGUUACGAUGGAAGUUGCCAAUUUGGGCGGUGAACUUACCGUUGAUGAGCGCAACCUUCUUUCCGUUGCCUACAAAAACGUUGUUGGCACCCGCCGUGCUUCCUGGCGCAUAAUCUCCUCCAUCGAGCAGAAAGAGGACUCGAAGGGCUCUGAGAAACAUGUUGCUAUCAUCAGCCAGUACCGCCAGAAGAUCGAGGCUGAACUCGAGCGCGUCUGCCAGGAUGUCCUUGAUGUUCUGGAUCAAUCCUUGAUCCCCAAAGCCGAAUCCGGUGAAUCCAAGGUGUUCUAUCAUAAGAUGAAAGGUGAUUACCACCGUUACCUCGCCGAGUUCGCUUCCGGUAACAAGCGCAAGGUUGCUGCGACUGCUGCCCACGAGGCUUACAAGAACGCUACUGAUGUUGCCCAAACCGAGCUGACGCCCACCCACCCCAUCCGUCUGGGCCUUGCCCUCAACUUCUCCGUGUUCUACUAUGAGAUCCUCAACUCUCCAGACCGUGCCUGCCAUCUGGCCAAACAGGCGUUCGAUGAUGCUAUUGCUGAACUCGACUCCCUAUCAGAGGAGUCGUACCGUGACAGUACUCUGAUCAUGCAGUUGCUCCGUGACAACUUGACUCUGUGGACCUCGUCUGACGGUGCUGAGCCCGAGACCACGCAACCUAGUGAGCCCAAGGACGAUAAACUAGCUGAGGCUUCCGAGGGCGCCGAAGGUGCUGCUGAAGGUGCUGCUGAUGCGCCUGCAGCAGAGGAGCCGAAGAAGGAGGAGGAGGCUGCUGCUGGCCCCUCUUGA